CGCAGCAACACGAGGAACCUUGAACAUCCAUCAAGCGUCCCUUACAUUUCCGGUCCUAUGACUUAUCAGGUGGUUGCUGCGCAGCAUCGGGAGGAGGUGGAGGAGGAGGAGAAUUAGUGAAAGAAAAGGGGGAGACAAAUAUACUUUCUGUUGCAUCUGGCCCUCAGCCCUGCUCAGUCCACUACAGCUCCUCGCAGGAAGCCUACAUGAGCGAGAAAGCAGAAGUUAUCUGAGUUUAGAGAAAAGUUGUCAGUCUCAGCAUGGCCGGGGGCUCGGUGUCUGAGUGCAAGGAGUACUUAUUCAAAGUGCUGGUAAUCGGGGAAUUAGGCGUCGGGAAAACCAGCAUCAUCAAACGCUAUGUGCACCAGCUUUUCUCGCAGCACUACAGGGCGACGAUCGGGGUCGACUUUGCACUUAAAGUUAUCAACUGGGACAGCAAAACGCUGGUCAGGUUACAGCUGUGGGAUAUCGCAGGUCAGGAACGAUUUGGGAACAUGACGCGAGUGUACUACAAAGAGGCCGUGGGGGCAUUUGUGGUGUUCGAUGUGACAAGGGGCUCCACGUUUGAGGCAGUGUCUAAGUGGAAACAUGACCUGGACAGCAAGGUGAAGCUGGCUAAUGGCAACCCUAUCCCCUCAGUGCUGCUCGCCAAUAAGUGCGACCAGAAGAAAGAGAGCUCCAACAACAUGGCCCUAAUGGACAAUUUCUGCAAAGAGACUGGCUUUCUGGGCUGGUUUGAAACCUCAGCUAAGGACAACAUCAACGUGGACGAGGCAGCGCGUUUCCUGGUAGAGAAUAUCUUGGCUAACGACAAAGGUUUGCCAUAUGAGGAGAGCAAUGGAGACCGGAUCAAACUGGACCAGGAGACUGUGGCUGCUGAGAGCAAGUCAGGCUGCUGCUAGCACUCAUUCCAUUCACAUUACCCAUCUGCCUCCCUUUGGUGGUCCAACCUGUUCAUCCAGCCUGUGGCUCUCAACCCUCUGUUGCAGCCUCUCUGAGGAAUAUGAAUUUUUGGGUCUUCAAAGCUCCAGGAUCUUGUCCUCCCUGCACUGACCUGCACAUCCAAGCUUCUCAUUGUAGCUUCCCCUAGGCCAGAAUAGAAGCCCAAUUUUAUCUUGAUGUUGUCACUGCCUCUACCAGGCUGUUUCCUUCUUUGCCCCACACCUCUAAACCACAGGAUCUUUAUUGUUGUGUUUGUCUCACCACAUAUUUCCCUGAUUGUGUAUUCCACCACCAACUAUGAACCCCACCCAGCCCUCCACACUUGAACCAGUCUGCUCCCCCUGUUCUCCCGACAGCCUCUGAAGCCCUGGACUAUACCACGCCUGAGAAGGGGUGCAAACUAAGCAGAAAGUUGAGAAACACAAACCAGAAAACAAGCUGUAGCCUCUUAAUUUCUGUCACUUUGGGCUAUUCUCUCUCAGUAUCCUUGUCAUUCAGCAUUUAUCUGUGAAACAAGACACUUUUAUUGUUCAGUGUUUCUGAAGUAUUUUUUUCAGUUAACAUAGAUAAUGCCCCUUAAACAACAUCUUUUACAGCACACUCAUGUUUGUGUUUCCAGCUGUUCUUUAGACUACUGUGUAAAAAGUAAGCAAACAAGUUAAGCAUUGUCAAAGUGUUAUCGAAUAUCAUGUUACUGUCAUGAAUUGUUGUCUUUAUGCCAUAUUUUCUCUGAAAUAAUGUGCCAUAAUACAGUUUUUGUUAUGUUAAUUAGAGGGGAACGCCAACAUUUACAUGGAUACAGAUGGACAAUACAGCAUUCCAGAAAAAAACUCUAAAAACAGUACUAGAUGAGGCACUGAGAAAUCUUUGUUUGAUUGUCUUUCCACUGGUAUGAAAAUGUAGAAAUGAUUUACAGUAUGUAUUUUUUAUAAUGUGUUGGGUCAUGCAUUAUACAACUGGUGAGAUGUCAUAAAAACAGAACCCGACAGAGGACUACACUCUCUUGUACGUAGGGUUGGUAAUCUGUUAAAGUGUUCAGAUGAAAUAUGAAGGAUUUCUUUUUUUUACAUGGAGUUGAGAUUAAGUUUACAUGUGAAAAUACUUUAAAUCUACAAGACCAAAAUAGAAUAAACAUUUUAACAGA